UCAGUAUUGAAAUCGCCGUUAAACUGAAUACACUGGUCGGGGCGGCUCUCUAUACGCUCUCUUGCUGAUUCCGAUAAGUUAACAAUAAUCGUUUUGCAUCCAUGUUAAUGCCGCCAUAUCAUAAAAAUCUGGAGAGCCAAAACGAAACAUUUGCAUCUCCGUCAGCAUCUGGUUCUGGACAUAAAUUUCAAUCACAACCAGCUGAAGGCAUUACAAAUAUUACAAGAAACAACGGUGGCAAAAGCACCAGCAGCUGCAGUACAGUGGCUGCCCAUACAAAAAUGCGACUGCUCAGCAAAGUGGAGCAGAAUAUGCGCCAAAAUAAGCAAGGUCAUCAACAGCGGCAGCAGCAGCAUCAUCAAAACGUCAACAGGCUUAUCCACACAGCAGCCACUGGCAAUGGUGUUGUGGUCGAUGUGGAUGAAGAUGACGGCCUAUUGAUGCCCAUGCGCAAUAGGCCCCAUAGCAAUGGGGGAGGAACAGCAGCUGCAAUAGCAGCAGCUGCAGCAGCAGCAGUCGCCGCCGCUGCUAGUAAGGGCGAUACACGAGCGGAACGCAACCUGUGGAGUCGUGCCGAAAUGCUGGAAAUGUUGAGCAUCAUGCAAAAUAUAAAUGCCGUGCAGCAAUUAAAAGAUCGAAAUAUUAAGAGUGAACAUGUUUUCCGGCAAAUCGAGCAAAUAAUGCGUAGCAAGAAUUAUGUGAAAAAAUCGAGCAUACAAAUCUGGACGAAAUGGAAGUUCCUCAAGUCUACAUAUAAUACCACAACAAGAUAUGGCACCGGAACACCCAAAGUGGUUCCAGAGGAGGUGUAUCGUGUACUCUGCCGUAUGCUUAGCAACGAUGGAGAAUCAAUCGGUGGUGGAUCUGGAGCUGGUGGCAGUAACAGCAACAUCAGUGAAUGUGGCAAUUCCAUGGAUAGUUCGAAAACGCUCGCGGAUGACCCGCAAGACGAUAUGCUUGGUGUGGAACAUCCCAUAUUUGGCUACCGUUUGGGUGCCAUUAAGCCAGAACCACUUGAUACGGGCUAUGAUGACGUUGUGAAGGUAUCGGAUAGCAUGUCGGAGCAGGAUACAAGGGAAACCCUUGACUUUGAACCCAGUGUAGAGAUUACACAUUCCGAUCACAGCGAAACGGCAAAUCAUAUGCCAUUUGUUGUCUCGGUUAAAAAUGAACCGGAAAUGGAUUUGGGUAUGGACGGCACAAAUACUCCGCCACCUACAGCGCCAGCAUCGCCCUCUCCACCACCAGGAGCUCAUGGCGGCGAUGGCAACGACGACGAUGUAUAUACCGAUAUGCCACCAUUAAGGGUGGCAUCUUUCGCCAAGGGAUCUGACUAUAGCUUACGUCGGCAUUCCCAACCGGCCAACGUGCAUGGGACAGAUCGGCAGCUACCUGCCGCCUCAAAAGGCAAACAUAAUCGUUCGCUACCACUCCAGAGCACUAGCAAUAUUAAUUUUGUACAUCCCACAAGCAAAUUAAUGCUGCCGAGGAAAUUACCCGUACGUCUGCCUCGUGACAUUAGUGUUCAACCGGCUGGAAUGCGUCUUAAGCCAGUGCCCAUCAGGGACACGGGUUACUCACUUAGACCAGAGCGCAACAUUCCAGAUCUAGAGCAAUCCAUUUCACCUCCACAUUCGCCAACUCAUGCGGCCCAGUAUCAGCAGCCUUUGGUGUCUAGAGGUCAGCAGCCACCCAGAUACGGGCUGUCUCCAUAUGCCGCUUCCACUAGCCGCCAAGCGCAGCUAAUGAGCCAACAGCCUCAGCCUCAGCAGCGCAAGCGUCGAUUAAACCAUGAAGAUUCACCGGUUCCUGUCAAGCUACAGCGCAGUUCAACGAAUUAUGAGACAGCUCCCAAGAGUGCACGCAGUGGCCACUAUGAUGAAGAAGAGCAAAAGCUCACUAAUGAGGAGCCCCAAAGCAAUCGGACACAGCAACAACAUCAGCAGCAACUCGAUGAAGUCUUUUCCAAGGAGCUAAGUCAGCUAGCCGAGGCCAUGCGAGAGGCUCAAAAAGAAAUGCUGGAAGAUUUCUUUAAGCAGCAAAGAGAAUUCGCGCGCCGGGAGCAUGAAUUCCAAAUGAGGCAGGACGCAUUGGUGAUGCAGGCACUUCGCAGACAAACAGAUACUCUUCUACGCACCGCCAACGAGCUUUUGGGAAAGUCAUCCAACACAAAUGAAACUAGAAAAAUAAAAAAAAUUACUAGAUCAGGAAUUAAAGAGAGAACUAAAACCACAGAAGUGCCGGAAACGGAACUCCUAGAACCUGAUCUCGUUAUAGACAAAGCUGUGGAGAGCACUGAGAUAAUUGAUGACGACGAGGAGCUAGAUGAAGUAACGCUGUUGGAUGACGGAGAUGAGGCACAAGGCAGCAAUGCAAGUGACAUGUCCACUCUGGCAAUGUCUGCAUCCGCUCUGAGCGAUGAUUAAUGCCUAGAUGCCUAAAUAGUCAUAAUUCCAUCCCAACAUUUGAGUAUUAUUACAAAUGACAUAUUAAUAAUAUUGUUAAUCCUCAACUAUUCCAAUCACAUUCCUUAAGUUUUAAAAAAGAGCAAAUAUAAUAACAAAUAUUAUUAUAUAUUCCUAGAAAAAGACCCGCAUUGUUAAAAAGAAAGACUUGAUUAUCAUAUAAGCUUUAACAUUCUAUUAAACACAAAUCUUGUAUUUA